AUGACGGGAAUCUUUGUCCCGCAGCAGCAACAGCACAAUCCUCCCUUCCCGCCGAGCUUCUACCCCGUCGGUGGCCCAUCGAACUUGACCUUGCCGUCAGCAACCUCAACAUCACAAUUCACCAUGGAUCCGCAGGACCCUCAUCAUCCAGUCCAAUUCUCGCAAUCAUCGCUAAUCGCAGGACCCAGCAACUUGCACCCAUCUUGGGAUCCACCAGUUAACAUGCCUAAUACUCCCUCAACAACCACCUCCUACCUCCCUCGACAAGUCUUCUCCUCCCCCAACGAACCCCGAUACCCAGCCUCGACCGUAGCAGCGGUGGAAGAAAGCCGUUCGCGAUUUUUCGCUCGUCAACAAUCCGCUACUGCUCCGCGCACCCGCCACACGCCAUUCGGCUCAACCACGCUACCCCCUUCCACAACCACAACGCGCCGUACGCACAAAUCGCAUCCGCUCUCCUCGGCCUCAUCCGCCUCUUACCGGCAGAGCUUCUUCGAACGAUGCCAGCGAGCGAUGGACGACUCUCGCGCUUCGCAGCGAAAUACUAAGAUCAUGACGUUCAGGAAGGGUGUGGAUGGUGCGACGCCAGGUUUGUUCUCGGAUGAAAUGGAUCAAGAUGAUCCUCCCUCCUCCCCACCCUCCAUGCUCGGGGCUGAUCGGGGUGACGGAGGGGGAGAAUGCGGAGAAGGGGAGAGGGAAGAAGAUGAUGAAAUGACAAGGAGGAGGAUUAUAGCGGAAUAUUCCAGGUUGAAGAGGAUAUACGAGCUGAAGGGUCAUUUGGAAAUUGGCUGGAUCGAUCCUGAUCAGCUUUCCUGGCUAGAGCAAGUGUCGAAGCGAGAAGGGGAACAAGAGGCGCGGUGCGGAGAAGAAGACGGGAUGGUAGAUCCCUAUCAUAAUGCCAACGAUGAAGAGUUGGAACAGUUGUGGUUGGAAAGUCAACAACCCUCGCAAGGAGAAGGGCGGGAUGUAGAGAUGCAGGAUGACCGAGAGGAUUGGGAUGAUAGAGACUUUGAGGAGGCGCUUGCUCGGCUUCCUGUGUAA